AUGUUGUCCCGUCACCUCUUUAGCCCCUUUGCAAGGAACAAGGCAGCCUCGUGCCGCAUUGCCACGCCAUCUUUUCUCCGUGGCUUCGCUGUAUCCACACUCCAGGUGGACAAUCCGUACACGGGAGAGAUCUUUUGUGAGGUCGCAUAUGACUCCAAAGCCGAAGCGCACGCCAAACUCGGUGCAGCCGUGGAAGCGCAGCGUGACUGGAAAAAUGUGCCACUUGACCAACGUCAAGCUCUGUGCACCCAGUGGGUGAGCGCUCUCGCUGGCAAUGCAGAGUCCAUCGCACAUGAAAUCUCGGGCAUGAUGGGAAAACCAGUGCAGCAGGCGCGCAACGAGGUCAAUGGGACUAUUGAACGUGCCAAGGCUCUUAUUUACCUGUCGGAUGAAGCGUUGCGCACGGAUUCGUUUCCAGAAGAGAAUGGACUCUUCCGCCAGAUCACACACGAUCCUGUUGGCGUCGUUUACGUCAUCGCUCCGUGGAACUACCCUCUCAUGACGGCGGUCAAUUCAAUCAUUCCUGCUGUACUCGCCGGGAACUCGGUGCUGUUGAAGCACUCGCCUCGCACUCCGCUAUGCGGAGAGCACUACCAAAAGACGUUCGAACAAGCUGGGUUUGCACAAAACGUACUGCAGUCUUCACUUGUUGAGCACGUCACGGCUGCAGAAAUCAUCCGGCGCCCGGAGACCGCUUUUGUAUCGUUUACGGGAUCUGUCCAAGGAGGUCGUCAAGUCCAGGAUAAAAUCUCGCAGCGCUCAAUUGACAUAACGUUGGAGCUUGGAGGAAAUGAUGCCGGAUACGUUACAGCCAACGCUGAUGCUGAAGCUGCAGCUGAAGGUCUGGUGGACGGUGCUUGCUAUAACGCUGGUCAAUCGUGCUGCGCUGUCGAGAGGAUCUACGUUCACGAGUCCAAGUACGACCAGUUUCUGGAGAAGGCACAGAGUUUGUUCGAGGCAUACCAUCUAGGUGACCCGACAGACCCGAAGACAUCAAUGGGUCCGAUGGCUCUUUCUGCAGCACCGAAAAUGCUAGAUGGUCAGGUAAAAGAUGCUGUGGCAAAGGGGGCUCUCCAACUAUCGGGCAGCGGAAUUGUGGCGGACGCUUCCGGAAAGGGCCGCUUCUACUCUCCGACUUUGCUUGCAAAUUGCGAUGGUUCCAUGGCCAUUAUGACGGAGGAAUCCUUCGGGCCGAUCGUUGGUGUCGAGCGCGUGUCAUCGGAUGCCGAAGCUAUCGAGAAGAUCAACAACAGCAAGUACGGACUGACGGCAUCGGUCUUUUCAUCAGAUCGUGACCAAGCCAUGGCUUUGGGCUCGCAAAUAAGCGCUGGCACCGUGUACAUGAACCGAUGUGACGUGUUGGACCCCUACCUCCCUUGGACGGGCCAUCGUGACUCAGGAAAGGGCAUCAGCCUGUCAAAGUACGGAUUCCAUGGCGUCACAAAGCUGAAAUCGUGGAAUUUUUGUGUCUAG